CCCACCUCUGGCUUGUGUGUUUCACGAGCCGGCAAAAUACAAUUGUUUUUCUUAAUUAUAUUAUCAGAUAAAUUAAAAUAACAACUAUGAAUCGCUCGGAGCCGACAGUCGAUGACCUUCGGACCUACUUCCGGAGCCACAGCAAGAUCCGAGAGCAACGGGCACACAUUUCAAAGGUUCAUUCGGUGUUUUGGAAUGCAGAUGGCAGGUUCCUGGCCUCGGGUUCCUUUGAUAAGACCGUGGCUGUGUACUCCUUGGAGCGAGACCGUUUUCUGAAGCACCACACCUUUCGUGGACACACUGCUUCCGUGGACCAGCUCUGCUGGCACCGAAGCAACCCCGACCUGCUUGCCACAGCCAGCGGGGACAAAACAGUGCGCAUCUGGGACGUCCGCCAGGGAAAAUGCGCCUCGGUUAUCAACACAAAGGGUGAAAACAUCAACAUUACCUGGUCGCCGGAUGGCAAGACUAUUGCCGUGGGCAACAAGGAGGAUCUGAUAACUUUCAUAGACACGCGCACCAACAAAAUCCGAGUGGAGGAGCCCUUCACCUUCGAGGUCAACGAAAUUUCGUGGAACAACACGAACGAUCUGUUCUUCCUCACCAACGGCUUCGGGUGCAUGCAUGUCCUGAGUUAUCCCGGCCUGGAGCACCAGGUGACGCUUAAGGCGCAUCCCGCGAACUGUAUUUGCAUCGAGUUCGGACCCACGGGUAAAUACUUUGCUACCGGUUCGGCGGAUGCCCAAGUCUCCCUAUGGGAUGCCCACGAACUGGCCUGCCUGCGCAUGAUUAGUCGCCUGGAGUGGCCCGUUCGCACUAUAUCCUUUAGCCACGACGAGAAACUUAUUGCCUCGGCCAGCGAGGAUCUCAUCAUAGAUGUCGCUUACACAGAGACGGGAGAACGCGUUACGGACGUCCAUGUGGAUGCCUCUACCUUUACCAUUGCCUGGCAUCCCAAGCAAUACCUCCUCGCCUACGCCUGCGACGAGAAGGACCCCGAGCGGCGCCGAGACGCUGGCAAUGUCAAGAUAUACGGCUUUGCGGAAUAAACUAUUUAGAUGAAACAA